AAUUUUGACAACUGUUUUUCAAUAUGGCGGGGUUUGGUGCUUGUCUCAAAUUGUUUUAAUUAUUUUUUAUUAUUUCAUAUAAUGGUUGUGUGCCCAGCAGAUCAUGGCUUGCAGGCCGAUAUCAUUUUUGUUAUUGAAGGAACUGCAGUAAAUGGUGCUUACAUAAAUGAUUUAAAAACUAAUUAUAUCAUCCCAUCAUUAGAAUAUUUUAGCCAGGGAAGUAUUGACGAAAGUAAUUUUCUAUCAGAGGGGAUCAAUUCUUAUUACGGAAUUGUAGUAUAUCAGGCUGCUGAUUGUUUACCACACCCCAGUAGUGACACAAUUGGGCCCUUUGUAAGCCCCAGUAAAGUAUUAAGUGCUAUAGACAAACUUGAACUUAUAGGGGGUAAAGGCGAAUCGCAUGCAAACAUUGCUGAAGGUUUGGCAACAACACUUCAGUGUUUUGAUGAGUUGCAACAGAAACGUGACAAUAAUGGCAAUAUUCAAAGACACUGUAUUCUGGUGUGUAACUCGCCCCCAUAUUCUUUAGGGGUUUUUGAAACUCAUGCUUACACAGGGAAGACAGCAGAACAACUGGCAGCUAUUUUGCAAGAAAAAAAUAUCAACUUGUCGAUUAUUUCCCCUCGUAAGAUCCCUUCAUUGUAUAAAUUAUUCGAGAAAGCCGGCGGCGACUUAAGCGCCUCUCAGACGAAAAACUACGCGAAGGACCCUCGUCACUUGGUCCUUUUGCGCGGCUUCAGCCUGAAGGAGCGUCCCCUGAGCCCCCCUGCCGGUACUACAACAACCGGUCAAACCCAAAUCCCUAACACUACCAUUCCUAUUACAUCUCUCCCCAGCCCCUUAGCCAGCAAUGACAGCCCCAUUUCAUCAUCUUCAUCAGCCAACACCGGUGUUCCUUCGGGAGUCGGCCCAUCGCCCGUGUAUCGGCCUCCCAGCGGUCAAGGUAUAAAUCCUCAACACUCACAGAGUAUGGUUACACCAGGCAUGGUAGGUAUGGUGAACGCCCGAGGGGCCAUGAUGGGCAACAACCCCAUGAACAUCCCGCAACUGCCCGCACCGCCAGGAUACCAUCAGGCGAAUCGACCCAGAUGGCCAGCUAUGUUGCCCCCAACUCAGCCCAGGUCGUAUUUGCCACCUAACCAACAGGUUAAUACCACGCAAAGUAGCGCCCUGAUUGCACAGUUGACACAACCCCCGAAUUCCAUGCCGGGGACGGGCGUUCCCCAAUAUGGACAAAUGGGGAACAAUUCGCCAUUGAAUUCGCAACAGCAACAAUCCCAAAUGAAAAUUAAUAUCAUGAAUACGCAAAACCCACAACCGAAUGUUCAAACGUCGAUGUCGCAAAAUUCGAACAGUGGGAUACAGACCAUGUCGCAGGUUUCGCAGUCAAAUCAGGCCGGUACUUCCCCAGGACAGAGCACUGCCCAACCAUCUCAACCACUUGGCCCUGGACGAGAACGUCCUUCAAUCUGGCAAGGCCUCCUUGAGUGGAUCGAGAAACCCAAAAAUCCAACUGACCAACAAAAAAUUACCAAACAUGUCCCAUGUCAAGUCUCGGCGAAUUCAAAAGAUGGCGAACCUGAAUUAAAAGCAGAUGGUUGGCCCUCAAAAUUAAUUAUGCAACUAAUGCCGAAACAACUUAUCGGUAACAUCGGGGGCGCCUAUUUAAAAAAUUCAAAAUCAGUUUUAUUCCACCCUCAACCUUGCGAGGCUUUAGAAUCUCUAACGAAAGUCAUGAGUUCCGGCUUUGCCGGUUGUGUGCAUUUUACAAGCACCGCAACCCCCGCCACCUGUGAUAUCAAAGUUUUAAUUUUAUUGUACACUGCCGAAAAGCGUGCUUAUCUCGGGUUUAUCCCCAACGACCAAGGCGCAUUUGUUGACCGAUUACGCAAAGUGAUCCAACAACAGAAAUCCACCCAAAUUAUGCGCCAAACACAAGGCGGCACCGGCCAACCGAUGAACCCCCAAACAUCCGGUGCUCUCACCAUGGGUGGUACACCGCCUCAAUUGGGAGGAAGUAAUCCCGUGACUUCACAAACUAUGUCUCAAACCAACAACAUGACUUUAGGUGGAGGCCAAAUUACACAAAAUAUAGUCACCUCAAGUGCCCAAGCUGGUAUUUUGGGCCAGAAUGUUCCAGGCGGACCUAGGUUGAGAAUGCAACAGAACAUGCAGCCGGGGAUGGGACCACAAUCAUCACAAUCAGCCCCCAAUCAAAACAUGGCACCGGGAAUGAUGGGUACGCCACCUCAAAGAGCCCCAUUUGAAAAUCAGUUGCAAGUAGAAAGACAGCAGAAUUUAGAGAAGAUUAAUCAGCUGAAGCAGACGUUAGAAGCAGCUCAACAACAGGAACAACAAUAUAAAAGUCAGUUAGAAAGGAUAAGUCAUAUGAAGACGUCACAAUUGCAAGAGGCGCUCCAAAUCUGUCAACAGAAUGAGAUGAAAUACAAAAUUCUUGAUCAACAACAAAGAAUGGCCAAUCAAAAUAAUCCACAAGCUGGAACUGCACAGCAACAACAGAGGAUGAUGAGACCUGUCAUGGGGGCUAAUCCUGGCUUAAGACACUUGUUACAACAGCAACCCCAAUACAGACAACAACUGAUGAAUAUGCAACAAAUGGCAGGUAACGGACCACGCCCACAAAUGAACCAACAAAUGCAAAACUCGGGGAAUAAUCAACAGUCCGGAUUUGAUGAAGUCUCGUAUGAUUUUAUGUAAUCUGAUUUUUGUAUUGAAUAUAAUUAUAACAAAAAUGUCUAAUAAGA